AUGGACAUAUACAUCCAGAGAGCUUGUAUUAGAAUGGAUAACAGAUAUUAUGUAUCAAGUUCUAAACUUCAAAAGAUCAUUUUCUCUACAUUAUCAGUAAACUUCACUCCACAUGGACCCUGUGCCACUCGAACAAUAGGAACACUAGAAUUUGAUAGUGCUCCUUGUUUUAUUUGUGAUUUUUGGCCUCCAUCUGCCUCCUCGUGGAUAGAAAGAAGUCACUCGUGGCCACAGCGUCAUGUUGUUAAUGACAUAGUAAACAAUGGAUGUCACUUAGUAGCCAUAGGACAUAAGCUAGGAAUUCAUGAAGACCAUGAAUGGAGAAUUUCUUUCUCUCGGGCAGAACAAAAGCUAGUGUAUGCAAUGAACCACUGUCAAUUCUUAACCUAUGGUUUGCUUAAAUUGUUCUUAUCAGAAAUAAUUAACAAUGGCCUGCAUGAGGAUGAUAAAUUACUUUGUUCCUACCACAUGAAGACAGCAAUUUUCUGGGUGAUUCAACAAAAUACAAUACCUCACUGGUGUCCACAAAAUCUCCUGGAGGGUUUCUGGGUCUGUUUCAAACUCAUCCUUAAAUGGGUGUAUGAGGGGGUCUGUCCUAACUUUUUCAUUCCAGAUAACAACAUGUUUCUGAGUAAAAUAUAUGGCAACAAACAACAUAAAUUAUUUAUAAGACUAUAUGGGUUGUAUGAGAAGCGUUUAGAAUUCCUGCUACAUAGUCCCUCCAUUAGACUUUGUAUUCUAGAUGUCCUUCUUAAUCCAAUACUCCUCUACAUCUGUACAGAUGAACAUACUCUGAUUUCUGAGGCUGAAUUUGAUAUAAACCUAUUUCAUGAAAUUAACAAUUAUUACGCAAUAAAUUUUGACCAAUUGAACCUACAAAGAUAUGCAAAAUAUAUGCAUACAAUAGAACAGAUAAUAGAUUUACCACUCCUGACCAAGUAUCGAGACAUAAUGCUACAGAAACUGACAGCCGAUGUCCUUCAGCAAUUUGCAUUUUCAUUACACAUGGAAACUUACACACAUGAAAAUAAACUGAGGUCAAGAGCUAACAAAUUGUCCUGUCACAUGCUGAAAUUAACAGCCAAGUUUGGUUGUAUUACUGACAUGCUGUACAUAGCCAUGUAUUAUUACAAAACACAUAGAUACAUGAAAGCUUUAUAUAUUAUAGAGAUAGUAAAGGUCAAGUUAGCACAGCCAUAUUUGAUGUAUGAGUCAAAAGUAGAUACAAAGAUGUACAUUGAGGCUGUAGGGGGACAGUCUUGGUGUAUAAAGAUGAAACAGACUGUAGCAUGGAAUAUCGGACUUGAAAAUAUAAUCCAUUACAUCAAUGAAUUGAUACCAGAACAACAGUUUGCUUAUCAAAAUAAUCAUCCUAAAUUAAUUGUCCCACCCUUUAUUCUGUUAUACAUGCUAGAGAUCUUGUGCUACAGACAUGUAGACACAAUGAGAGUACAGACAGCUCUAGAAGAUCUUCAGACCCUAGUUCACUAUGAUCAGGGAGAGCUUAUAGAUUUAGAACAAAGAGACAUAUCCUGGCAGAUUUUGGGGAUCUGUCAACAGGUGACAGGGAACUUCCAGGCUGCUCUAUACUCAUACCAACAAUCUCUCAGACAAGAACCAAACAAUGACAUACAAAAAGCUACAGAAAUGAGAAGAAACGAGAUACUUAAUGAGUUUAGAAAAAAUAGUAGGGAAUAUUGGAGCAAAUCGUUUGCUUUAAAAACUCCGUCAAAAGGUCUGGACGGUAAAGAGCCAGAGAAAAGGUCAGAAAAUGUUGGUAUGUGUUUAGAUAAGUACAAGUCUAAAGUUGUAGAUCAAAUACAAGAUACAACCAAAGGACGUUCAAGAGUGCCUACUCUGGUAGAUGGAUGUCAAAGAAACUGUGAUGAGGCCAUGGUAGAUCUAAAGACUUCUUAUGUAACAGGUAAAGUAUAUGCCCUUGUUCUUGACUCUCCAUUUGCUGAUGUAAUUAUUGGUAAUAAUGUUAGCAUACUCAAACCAAUGGAGGACGGAAAAGAAGUCAGGAUGGAAGGAGAUGAUGAGAACACUUGUGUUUCGGUUCAGACACGUUUGCAGACGGAGUUUGAGCAUGGUAAUAGUAGUUUUCAGAAAAAAAGCAAGAGAUAA